CCGGAGGAUGUCGCGAAUGCCCUCACAGCACGUCUCUGCCUGCGUGCACGCUUGGGGGGCGUAUCCGGGUGAUGAUGAUGACGAGGAUGACGGAUCGAUAGCCGAAGGGCGAGGAGCCCCGCGCGAGGCUUGCUUGACGUGUGUCGCAGCAGCGAGAUACGACGACCAAAGCCGGGGAGCGAGGAUGGCUGCUUGUGUCGACGUCCGGCUUUUUCUGCUUCUGGCGCUGUCCUCCCUCCCAGGACGCCGUGCUGGGCUGCUUGUUGUUGUCAACACCCCCCCGCCGCCGCUCAUCGGGCGUGAUUUGCUGGCGGGCCCCACUGGCGGCGUCGUGCAUUGGCGUUCCCAACUUUCCUUAGCCCUGCGCGGCUGCUCGCUGCUCCUGUUGGCGGGCCCUGGCCUAAGCCUAGCCUGGCCUGCGAGGGGGGGGACGUCGAGCUCAACAGCGAAGCGGCGGCAGAAAAAUAAUACUGCCACUGCCAGCCAGACCGCAUCUUCCCUCGCACCGUUCCAACAACAACAGUUCCUCCUCUUCUGCUCCAUUCAACCCUCUCUUCAACAAAACAACAGAAUCAACAGAAAGGAAAAAAAAAGCACCACUCACCCACAACUCACAAUGUCCGCCAAAUCCAUCCUCGAGGCCGACGGCAAGGCCAUCCUCAACUACCACCUCACUCGUGCUCCCGUCAUCAAGCCCACGCCUCUCCCCGCCUCUUCCACACACAACCCUCCCCCAAAGCUCGCGUCGCUGCACUUCCCUGCCGAUGCCGAUGUCAAGGGCAUACUCGACCAGGCCGAGGCCACAUACCCGUGGCUGCUGGCUCCCGGUGCCAAAUUCGUGGCCAAGCCCGAUCAAUUGAUCAAGCGACGAGGCAAGAGCGGUCUUUUGGCCUUGAACAAGUCGUGGGCGGAUGCCCGUGCCUGGAUCCACGAGAGGGCCGGAAAACCCCAGAAGGUCGAGACGGUCGAUGGUGUUCUCAGGCAGUUCUUGGUCGAGCCAUUCGUUCCUCACCCGCAGGAUACCGAAUACUACAUCAACAUCAACUCUGUGCGAGAGGGUGACUGGAUCCUCUUCACCCACGAGGGUGGUGUCGACGUCGGUGAUGUCGAUGAGAAGGCCGAGAAGCUCCUCAUCCCCGUUGACCUCAGCGAGUACCCCUCCAACGAGAAGAUCGCUAGCCAGCUCCUGUCCAAGGUCCCCAAGGGUGUGCACAAUGUUCUCGUCGACUUCAUCUCCAGAUUAUACGCCGUCUACGUUGACUGCCAAUUCACAUACCUCGAGAUCAACCCUCUCGUCGUCAUCCCCAACUCGGAAGCCACCUCUGCUGAAGUGCACUUCCUGGAUCUUGCUGCCAAGAUUGACCAAACUGCCGAGUUCGAGUGCGGUGCCAAGUGGGCUGUUGCCCGCAGCGCAAAUGCUCUCGGCAUCGCUGCUUCGCCUGCCCAAGGCAAGCAGACGGUCGAUGUCGGUCCUCCCAUGGAGUUCCCCGCUCCUUUCGGUCGCGAGAUGAGCAAGGAAGAGGCCUACAUUGCGGAGAUGGACGCCAAGACUGGUGCAUCUCUCAAGCUCACCAUCCUCAACGGAUCCGGUCGUGUGUGGACUCUCGUCGCCGGUGGUGGUGCCUCUGUCGUCUACGCCGAUGCCAUCGCCUCCGCUGGUUUCGCUGGCGAGCUUGCCAACUACGGCGAGUACUCUGGUGCCCCCACCGAGACUCAGACCUUCCACUACGCCCGCACCGUCCUCGACCUCAUGCUCCGUGCUCCCCAGCACCCCGAGGGCAAGGUUCUCUUCAUCGGUGGUGGUAUUGCCAACUUCACCAACGUCGCCUCCACAUUCAAGGGUGUCAUCCGUGCUCUGAGGGAGGUUGCACCCCUCCUCAUCGAGCACAACGUCCAGAUCUGGAUCCGUCGUGCUGGUCCCAACUACCAGGAGGGUCUCAAGAACAUCAAGGCCGUUGGCCAGGAGCUUAGCCUCAACAUGCACGUGUACGGUCCUGAGAUGCACGUCUCGGGUAUCGUGCCCUUGGCCCUUAUCCCCGGAAAGACUUCGGACAUUCCCGAGUUCUCUGGUUAGGCGUUGUAUGAUUAGAUUGGUAGAAUUCGUUUUAUUUGGAUGCGACGGUGGGAGAAUACAGUUUAUGAAUCACGGUUAGACAAACGGUCGGCGGCAUGCGCGGGUAUGUGAUAUGGACCCCAAAAGUGCUGCUUAGGAUGGAGUGCAGAUUCCCUCGUCUUAGACUUGAUUGUUCUUUGCCGGCGUCACGCGCUACACAUGGGAUUUGGCAAACACAGUAAAGAAUUUAAUAAUUACCUUGAGUCUUUUGCUCUUCAGACUCGUGCGACUGUUCAGAUUCUGUCCAAGCGCACCAUGGAUUAAUUCAAUGCUACUGUUGUGGUCGCGUGAGAUCUGAACAUCAGCAGCAGCAGCAGCAGCAGCAACAAUAGAACCGAUGUCCGAUAUCGCAACUAUCGACAAUCCUUCAAAAAGGGUUCAAUCUAGCCCCCCUUGCUUCUUACAACUAAAAAAAAAACACUAACGAUUUAUCCACGCGUUUAAAAAAAGAAAGGGGGUGUCAGGGUCAGGGUCAGAAGGUUGGGAGGGGUCACCAGCAAACGGGAAAGGCGGAAUUUAGUUUUCCUCUGCGUCCAUCAGAAAAAAAAGAGAAAAGCCGACGGCUUUUCCGAACAACACCGGAACCCGGAACUGACCUGACCUGACCCCAACCCAACCCAACCCAACCCAUGGGUUGGUAGUUUUGGGAAAAGAAAUGAUUAUGGAAUCUAAGGGUAGGUUAGUGUAUUAACGUUGUACAUGCAGCUGUGGCUUUUACCUUGUUUUCUUCUCCUUUUUUAUUUUCUCCACCUGCUUAGAUCGCUUUGGGUUGCUUAGGUUUUGAUUCCCAAGUAUAGGAUUCCUGAAUCAAUUUUUUGCUAUUUAUGGAUUUGUUGUUAUUGUCGCUGUUCUUAGGAUGCCUCUUCUGUUUUUCUUAGGGCUUUGGAAGAGGGCAGGAGAGACAAUGCCUUUUUUUUUCUUUCUUUUUUUUUAAUCCCGCAUAACUCUUUUUGUCUUGCUGUUUCUAAGAAGGGUAGGAAAAGGAGGAAACAGAAAAGAGAGAAUUAGUGAGGUAAAGGUGAAUAAAAAGCUCUACUAUUACUUACUAUGUAAAUGCUUUUCUUCCACCCUUGCCCUUCCCUCUUCCACCUUUUUUCUUCUCGUUAGGGUAGUUUAUCGUUCCUUAGUUUCUACCUAAUAUGGCUUUACUUGACGAUUGUCAUCUACCUUUACCCCACUUCUUUUAGUUUUUUUUUUGUACAAGUGAAAGGAAGGGACUUGGACGUACUCACUUCCACAGCUAAAGGCUAAGGCUACUAGACAAGAUAAGUAGCUGUUGAUAGGAACAAUAGUGAAAUGAGUAAGCAAGCAACAGACAAAACGACAGUACCUUUUUUUCGUUCUUAGAUAAAAGAAGAUGGCGAUGUGUUUAGUAGGGAGUAUAUUAUGU